AUGUCAGGCCCCUGCCUACCAAGGCGAGUGGACCAAAUCUUGUGGCCUCUGAAAACAAACAAAAAGACUGCAGCGGAAGAGAGCAUCCUGCACUGGCAGGAGAAUAGACUCAGUGAGCCAAUACUGACCAAUUUGACCCAUGCUAAUGAUAAAAGGGCAUUGUUUGCCGAUGAUGGAAUGUACCACCUUAGAAGGUAUGCAGAAUUUGUGAUCCGUAAAAGGAGAGAUCAUGAAGGACUUCAAACAAACAACACAGGAAAGUCUGUUGGAGAGCAGGAGCUACUGAAUAAAACAAGACUUGCUGAGACAGAAACAAAAGUGCCUCUUUUGCCAAAAGCUCCAGAGAGGAAGGUAGCAGAAGGUACUGCAGUCAGCACAACUACCACUGCCACUUCCACGAUCGCUGCCAUCUCCCAAGGUAGAGCAACAGCCAUAACCACAGCUAGUAACAACGUACCACAACUCAUGGUAACACAACUCGUGGCAUCCCAAAUGUUAACUGAAAGUGCUAUUACUGUUAACAGUACAUCAAGUUCAAAAGGGGCGCAGACCAGUAAGUUAACUUUGGGAGCUGCUAACACAACAGAAACUCCUCCCAGGACUAUUCCUACUUCUUUUGCCACAGCAGCAAACAAUCCAGUGCUUCCCAUAACCCUCAAAACAGGUAUGGCAACUGGCACUCUUGUACCAGUGAACUCUAGCAGUGUUGGAAGCAGCUCAAGAAGCCCAGUAAACUCAUCUUCAAAUGCAGCUGCCCAAAAUCCACCAGCAUCAGCCACCCAGAAUUCACUAACUACAGCCACCCAGAAUCUAUCAGCUUCAACCACCCAGAAUCCACUAACUACAGCCACCCAGAAUCCAACAGCCUUCAACAGCCACUGGCAUAUCUCAGACAACCAAGAGACCAACCACAGUAGCAACAAAGUCAGCUGGUUUGCAACGAAAAGUCCAGUGGCACCGCCCAAAUCAGUAACCAUAAACCAAGGCCAAGAUCAGCAGGACACAGGUAGUGAGGGUAGCUAUCGUCCAGUAGAUGUUAGUUUGCUCUUAGCAGUGCUUCUGUUUGGAGUCCUGUUUUUUGUAACAAUUGUAGUAUUGUUUGUGAUACAGGCCUAUGAGAGCUACAGGAAGAAAGACUACACCCAAGUGGACUACCUAAUCAAUGGGAUGUAUGCAGACUCAGAGAUGUGAAAGCAAUAGCAAUCCAAAGCGAGGCAUUCAAUAUAUACAUCUACUUGUUGUGGGAGGUCGAAAGCCAUGGGUGGCUUGUCUUUCAGUUCCCUGUUCUGCCUAUAAGACCAACUGAAAGUGCUUCCAAAUAACCUUUGGUGCAAUGUAGGAGAAAUGCCAUGUAUUCUACUUCUAAAAGUAUUUUUUUUAACCA